CUUCCGUAUGACGUCACUUGGUUUUUCGUCUCGUUCUUCCUUCCUCUCGGCGGAGCUCACGUCUUGCUAGCUGAAGCUAACUGUUCACAUUAUUUCUGUCAUCUUCGCGUUUGUGGAGACGCAGUUGUUACAGUGCGGUCUGUCCAAGCUUCGGAUUCUACAAGAGAUUUAUCAAGAGAGGAGAAACAGUCCCGCCGGCACCGUUUCCUCCGCUGCCGGAGGUGAAACACUGAGCCAUGUACAAUGGGAUUGGCCUGACGACACCGCGGGGCAGUGGCACCAAUGGCUAUGUGCAGCGCAACCUGUCGAGCCUGCGGGUGAAGCGUCCGCGGGACGAGCGUGGUGGUGAGCGCGAUGAGAAGGACCGGGAGAGGCUGGAGAGUCAGCUCAACAGGCAGCCCAACGCUGACAUCCUGGAGCACCAGCGCAAGAGGCAGCUGGAGGUUAAAUGUGCCGAGCUGCAGGACAUGAUGGAGGAGCAAGGGUAUUCUGCUGAGGAGAUUGAGGAGAAGGUGAGCAGCUUCCGCAUGAUGCUGCAGGAGAAGCAGGAGCCGGCUCCGCCCACUUCUGACAGACCAUCGGCGACAGAGACUCAUGCACUGGCCGCAGCUAACCAGCAGAAGAACGACCGUCUGCGCGCAGCAUUUGGAAUCGCCAGCGACUACGUGGAUGGAUCGUCCUUUCACGCCGACCGCAAGGACAAAGAGAAGGAGAAGCGGGAGCAGGAGCGGCUGGAGAGGGAACGGCUGCAGCAACAGAAGUAUACGUUGGUGGUAGAUUCGGAUGAUUCAGAUGCUCCUCCCAAAAAGCGUGGUCGGAAGAAGAAAAAGAAAAACAAGAGCCGCGACAGCAGCUCAGAGAGUCUGUCCCCAUCGCCUCGCAGAGAGAAGAAGAAAUCCAAAAAAAAGAAAAAGAAACGUGAGGCAUCUGAAGAGAGUGGAGAAGAAGAUGAUGACAGUUCCUCGGAUGAAAAACAGAAGGAGUUGAAGAAGAAAAGGAAAAAGAGCGAAAGUUCAAGUCCUCCCAAAACAAAGUUGGUGCGACGCAGCAGCGUCUCGUCCCGCUCCUCUCACAGCCCGUCUCCAGCUGCGGUGAGGUCACGUCAACAGGAGCAAACGGCAAGAAAAGACGAUGAAAGGAAGGAAAAAUCGCCGGAGAGGAGGAGACGAGGUUACGAGGAGCAAGUGCCACGGCGUCAGGGAGGCGAAGCGAAGAGGUCGAAUCUUGAGAGAGGGACAGAACGACAGAGUGAGAUAGAGAAGAAGAGACAUGAUUCUGCAUCCCCUUCUCCACCACCACCACCACCGAUCGACAAAAGCUGGGAAAAGGAGAAAGGGAGGAGAUCCAGAAGCAGAGACCUGCAGAAACGGAGGCGUUCGAGGAGCGUGGAAAAAAAUGAGAGGGAGAAGGGAAGGCGCUCCAGAAGCAGAGAGAUGGACAAGGGGCGGCGUUCAAGGAGCAGAGAAAACAAGAGGGACAAAGAGCAUCGUUCCAGAAGCAGAGACGCUGCGGAGAAAGAGCAGAGUCCUAGAAGCAGAGACGUGGACAAAGGACAGCGUUCUAGAAGCAGAGAUGCUGAGAGAGGGCGGAGUCUUAGAAGCAGAGACAUGGAGAGGGGGCGGAGUCCUAAAGGCAGAGAUGUGGAUCGAGGACGACGUUCUAGAAGCAAAGACGCGCAGCGAGGACGUCGUUCUCGAAGCAGAGACGUGCAGCGAGGACGACGUUCUAGAAGCAGAGACGUGCAGCGAGGACGACGUUCUAGAAGCAGAGACGUGCAGCAAGGACGACGUUCUAGAAGCAGAGACGUGGAGCGAGGACGACGUUCUCAAAGCAGAGAUUCUGAGAAAGGACAGAGUCCUAGAAGCAGAGACAUGCAGAGAGGGCGGCGUUCCAGAAGCAGAGAAAAGAGGGACAAAGGAAAAGAGUGUGUCCCUCAGAGAACCAGAGACGACUCGUCCUCAUCCCCUUCUCCUCCACCUAAACAAGAGACAAGGAAGGACAGAGGCAGAGAUGCUGAGCGAGAAAAAGACAAGAUUAAACCAGACCAAAAGACGAGACAUGGCUCUUCGUCCCCUUCACCUUCUCCUGAAAAGGAGAGGAGUGGAGAGAGGGAACGCAGAACUGACGUGAAGCAUCAUUCAAGUGUGCCAAAUGAAAAGGACAACAGAAAAGAUACGGGGAAGAGACAAGAGAUAGAGGCGUCUCUUCACCAACAGAGAGGCAACAGAAAGGACGUUCAUCCAUCUCGCGAUUCCCACUCACCGGCCCCUCGGUCGCCCGUCGCCAGUGGAGCACAACGAGACCGAGAGAACGAGAGAAGAGAAAAGGAAAAAACAGAGGGUGUUAAGGAGAGGGACAGGCAUGUGAGCAGGCAGGGAGGUCAGGACCGAGAGCGAGGUCAGGACCGAGAGCGAGGUCAGGAGAGCAGCAGAAAGAGAGACGAGGCUGUCCCAUCAUCUGCAGAAAGUAGACGAGAUGGUUCCAGACCGUCGGCUAAAAGACCAGACGUGAAAGACGGGGAGGAGAAGACGAGGAGCCCACAGAGGAAGGACAAACGUGAUGAGAGGGUGAAACCGGCUGAGAAGAGGAAGGAGAGCAGUAGCAGCAGCAGCAGCAGUAGUGGUAGCAGCAGCAGCAGCGACAGUGACAGUGACAGCUCCUCAUCAUCCUCUUCAUCCUCAUCGUCCUCUUCAUCCUCAUCCUCUGAGGAUGAAGGUAAAGCGGCGAAGGUUGGCUCUGCAGGUGGGGAAAACAAAAACCCCUCGACCAGCGCACCAGCUGCCAUCGGUGCUGCCGUCCAUCGGUAUUUAGUCAACGGGCGAAAGGAAAGCUCGGCCUCUGCCUCUGAGGGGGACACACUCAGACCCCAGACGGACAGAGGAGACGGAGCAGACAAACGUGACGGGGAAAGACCUCCUCACAGAUCUGCUGUGGACAAUUACCCGCCCCGCACCAAGGGUCAGGAGCGAUACAGCCCCACACAGAUGGACAGCCCGAGUCCACCUCCGUCCCAAACCGACAGAGGCAGCAACAGGCCUGAGGCCGGAGCAGACAAAACAAGGUCAGGGGACAUGGGGAGGGACAAAGACACUGCCAGGAGGCCUGCGAGACCUACUCCCUCCACCAGGAGGUCACGGUCUCCGCCCCAAAAAGCCACUGCCACUUCCCCAGCACGUCGCACUCCACCGAGGCAGUACAAGGAGGCCCCACCCCGCUCCAGGAGAAUGUCUCCUCCUGCAGCUCGGUCUGAGCGCGACAGAGAGAGGCAGAGGGACAGAGACAGGGAGAAGGACAGAGAACGUGUGCGAGCUGCCAGAAGGAGCAGAUCCAGAAGCCCACGGAGACGCUCCAGGUCCAGAAGCCCCAGGAGGCAAAGCCCCCUCAGCAGGUCCCGUCGCUCUCCAUCUCCACCGCGGCGGCGGCGGAGAAGUCGCUCCAUCUCCCGAGAAAGAGGGAGAGAACGUGAGGCAACCAAACAGAGGGAGACGCAACAAGAGCGAGGGAGGGAGAAGGUGCAUCAGCAGCCUCAGGAUGAACCUCAGCCUGGCAGGUCAUCGUCCUCCUCAUCAGCCUCCUCCUCUUCUUCCUCCAGCUCCUCCUCUUCAUCCUUGCCUUCACCCCCAUGCAAAAGUAAAGACACACAGAUGGAGAGGAGAAGAGAGCGAGAGGACGGAGAGCAAAAAAGUCUCUCCUCCUCCUCCUCCUCUUCACACCGUCCCUCCACAGCCUCGUCCCACGUUCCACCGCCAGGAAGACGAGGCUCACCGCCAGACUCCAGGCGUGCUGACACGGCGUCCAGAGGGUCGCUGCCCCGCGGCCGACCGGACGGCGAGCAGCCGCAGCCGCAGCCAUCGCAAGCUCCAAACAGGAAGCCGUCGCCGCCGGCAGCCGCUCGACCAUCAGACCAGACGGUCAGAAACGAGAGAAGUGUGAACGGCAAGGAGGCAAAUAAGAAAGUGAGCAGGAGCAGCAGCUCCAGCUCCUCCUCGUCCUCUUCGUCCUCCUCCUCUUCCUCCUCUUCAUCCUCCUCCUCCGACAGUUCUGACUCUGAGGGCAAGGAGCAAGGAAAAAAGAAGGCGACCAAAACCCAGAAUAGCUCUUCAUCGUCUGAAAAUGAAAAGGAAACAAAGAAGAAGAGCGCUGUGCGACCUCAGAGGGUUCCGGCCGAUUCACUGCGAGAUUCUCGCUCGCUCAGUUACUCUCCUCCCAGACACACGAGAGCAGCGCCACAGUCGCCCAACCACAGCAGCAGCAGCAGACGGUCGCCGAGCCGCUCAUCGAGCAGCAGACGGAGGAAAUGAGCGCCGCCCUCUGCUCUGUGAUGGUUUCUGGACUUCACACACGACUGAGACGCCACACACUCGUCUCCUGCAGGUGUGUGUGUGUGUGUGUGUGAGAGGAGUAAAGGGUGUUCACACACAUGAAAGGAGCCGAGUAAGCGUAACGCUGUUCCCCUCUCCGUGUCCUGUCGACUGUGUUCUUACCUGUAGAUAUGAUCUGUCUGUAUUUUGGUUAUUAACAUGUAAUGGAUGCUGUUUAAUGUGAGCAGAAACUGAAGUGUGGUUAAUUUCUUUGUUGAAAACGAUUAAUGAUAACAAUUAAAGGCAGUUGUGCAUUUUA